AUGUCCGAAGCCGAGGCAGUGAUCCGCAAUCAGUCCGGCUAUAUCAACCACACGGCCAAGAAGGACUACGGGCCCUUGGAGUUUACCGGGAGAAUUGCUGGGGGACUGAGGCUGGACUUGCGUAGGCGGCUGCCGCUUUACGCGAGCGACUGGACGGAUGCGUUCAAGGCGGAGAACUUCCAAAAGUCUUUGUCGUCCAUUCUCUACCUCUUUAUCGCAGCCUUGGCGCCCGCCAUCACCUUCGGAAGCCGCUUCUUGGACGGCACCAACGGCCAGUUUGGAGUGCUGGAAAUGAUUAUGUCGACAGCUGUCUCUGGCGUGAUCUUCUCCACCUUCGCAGGGCAGCCCUUGUCCAUCCUCGGAGCGACCGGUCCAUUCCUGGCGUACACCCUUGUGGUGUAUGACAUGGCGGUGGGUGCCGAUGUGGAGUUCAUGCCCUUCUACUUCUGGGUUUGCAUGUGGUGUUCGCUCUUCACCAUUUUGGUCGCGGUCUUCGACCUCUGUGCUCUCAUGAAGCAUGUGACCAUGUUCUCGGAAGACAUCUUCGCGGGGCUUAUUUCUUUGAUCUUUAUCAUCGACGGAGUUAGGCCUAUCAUCGAGAACUUCUCGGAGAACAAGAUGAGCCUGACCAGUGCCAUGUUCGAGGCCCUGCUCUUCAUGUACACUUUUGGUUUGGCGACCUACCUGUCCCACUUCCGCCGCACGCCUUGGCUGCUCCGGCCCAUCCGCAACCUCAUGGCCAACUUCGCAGUGACCAUCUCCCUGGUCACGGCUUCGGCCCUGGCAGCGAUCUAUUCCAGCGACACGAACCUGAGGAUGCUGAGCGUCGACGCGGACUUCUCCCCGAACCUCGUCUUGUCGGAUGGCAGCAAGCGGCCCUGGGUCGUGAAUCCCAUGGGCAUCGAGCGCUCCUUCCCGGCCUGGGCCAUUGCUUACGCGAUACUGCCAGCAAUUGGUUUCGCCGUGCUGGGAUACCUGGACCAGAACCUCACGUCUGUGAUCGUGAACAGGCCUUCCAACAACCUGCAGAAGGGGCCAGGCUAUCAUCUGGAUCUGUUUGUCAGGGGAGCUUUGACGCUGCCCGUUUGCGCCGUAUUGGGCCUGCCUCUGUCGGUGGCCUCGACGGUACCUAGCAUCACCCACGUGAUCUCGCUGACCACCUAUGAGGUGAAGCAGCUGCCGGAGGGCGAGCGCAAGGUACCGAGCAAGGUCGUGGAGCAGCGCGCGACGAAUUUUCUGAUUCACGUGCUUAUUGGCUGUGCGCUCUUCCUGGCGCCGGCGCUGAAAUUCCUGCCGCGGGCCGUGUUGCAGGGCGUGUUCUUCUACAUGGGCAUCGCAAGCUUGACCGGCAACAACCUUUUCGACCGCCUCUUCCUGUGGCUAAUCUGGGACCCGGCCAAGUACCCACAGUACCACUACAUCCAGAAGCUCCCCAUCCGCCGCGUGCACCUCUACACCCUGGUGCAGGUGGUCUGUCUGGGCAUCUUGUACGGUCUCAAAGCCAUCAAGGAGACUUCCGUUGUCUUCCCUUUCUUCAUGGCUUCCCUGGCCAUCAUCCGGAAGGCCAUGCGCUUCCUCUUCACGCAGGAGGAACUGGAGCUGCUGGACAGCCUCCCAGCUGAGGAGGAGGACGGCAAGGGGCUGAGCCCGGAGCAGCCGGACUUGGUCAACCUCGAGAAGUCCAAGGAGAACGAUGAGGGAGAGCCCGCGAAGGCCACUAUGGGGGUCUGA